GUGUAUUUUCUGUUCUGUCUUGUUUUGUGUGCAUGAGCUCCGCGUGGUAUUAUGCUUUCAGUGACAAGUAUAAGAGUAGUUUUGAUUAUAAACAGUAUAGCCUACUGAACUACCUCACAAUUGAAUUGGACGUAGCCUACUCAGCAUUCUUCAGCAGUUUAAAACUUCAAUAACUAGUCUAACUCUUCCUCGUUCAUUCUUCGCCUACAGAAUCAGCUGGAAAGGAUGGCUGCCAUUAAGGCGCUUCAGCAGUGGUGUAAAAUUCAGUGUGAUGGGUAUCGAGAUGUGAAUAUCACCAACAUGACAACCUCCUUCAGGGAUGGACUGGCUUUCUGUGCUCUUAUCCAUAAGCACAGACCGGACCUCAUAAACUAUGAUUCGCUGAGUAAAGAAAAUGUCUACGAUAACAACAAUUUGGCUUUCCACGUGGCAGAGGACCAGCUGGGGAUCCCCGCGCUGCUGGAUGCGGAGGACAUGGUGGCACUGAGGGUUCCAGACCGUCUCAGCAUCCUCACCUACGUGGCCCAGUACUACAACUACUUCCACGGCCGCUCCCCCAUUGGAGGAAUGGCUGGUAUCAAGAGGCCAGCGGACAGCUCCACAGAGGAGCCAUCGGGGAAGAAGAAUCCGCCUGUGUCGGCCAAGCAGUUCCCUCCCAGGCCCGCCUCGGUUGCCGAGACGCCCCCCUCCAUCAGUGUAACCACGCCCUCCAAACCGUCCCCUAGGCCAACCAGGGCGGCUAAUGAGAAGAAGGUUUUGGUCGAGAGUUCCAACACAGCGGGUACCCGGAGCAGUAACUGUGCUGCUUGUAAAGGCCAUGUUCACCUUGUUCAGCGACACCUGGUGGACGGGAAGCUCUAUCACAGGAAUUGCUUCAAGUGCAGUGAGUGCUCCAACAUCCUUCUCUCUGGAACGUAUAAACCUGGGUCUGCGCCCGGAACGUUCAUCUGCACCAGUCACCAGAACGCCCCCGGCAGUGGGCUUUCAAACAAAAACGGGCCGGCCGCACCCAGACUGGGACCCACCUGGCUGGUCAACAAGAAUGACAGACGUGAAACCCCGCGCCCUUCCUCUGCACUGUCCACCCCGGUCAACAGCAACGCCAGCCCCAAGCCCUACACCCCAGACUCUUCCAAAGCCUCCACCCCCACAAACGGCAAGGCCCAGGAAGCGCGACGUAAGUUCUUCGAGACCACGCCCACGGCGCCGGCCGACCCACCCGCCAGCAGGUGGCCCUCCACCCCCACGGAGGGCGCUGGGAAGAAAAGAGUACUGCUGAAAGUGGAGGAGCCCAAAGACAAAGACAAAGCCAAGGCGCUGAUUACAAAGAAACUGACCGAGGGUAACAGCAACAACAACAACACCACAUACCAGGCAGGCCUCCGGCCCACAGACAACAAGUUUGGUAACAAGCUGAGUCCUGCUGAAACUCCCAGCAGGAAGAAAGGUCAGGAGAGCUCUGGUGUCAGAGGAUUAAAACCAGCCGAACCUUCUCUUCCGCAAAACACUGCCAAAUCCACCCCAGGACCCCUCUGGGUCAAGACCAACAACAAGGAGUCUCCUAGACCUCCAAGUACCUUCUCCUCAAACAUCAAAGAUUCGAGUAGCUCGGAGUCCCCUUCAGACUGGCUCUCAAAACUCAAGCCUGUAUCAAAAGGAGCCAAGACUGCCGAAUCUAAAGAGCCCUCGUUCAGCGCGGGGACAAAGAGGGCCGAAGUCCCCCCGAGGCCGUCGCCCAGCGGCCCCGCCCCCGUCCGGCCCGCAGUGCCCCCUGCCGGCUCCCCUCCCGCCGUGCCCUCCAGCCAGAGGGCGCCUUCUCCUCAGCCGCCACGCAACGGGGCCGGUAGCUGGGGCUUUCAAAAUGAGAAGGGAUCAUCAUCCACAAAUGCCUCCCAGCCUGAAGUGAAGUCACCCAAGGCCAAGCCUGACUUCAUCCCCAAGGAAGAGAUUAUGAAGGAGCUGGAGGAUAUUGAGAACAGUCUGAAUGAACUGGAGAAGAAGGGAAUAGAUCUGGAGAAACAGCUCCGUCGCAGUGAGCAAGAGGGGGAAGAGGACACCUCAGCGGACGAGUUGAUGGUGGACUGGUUCAACCUGAUCCGGAGUAAGCAAAUUUACAUGCGGCGGGAGUCGGAGCUGGUCUACAUCGCAAAGACUCAGGAUCUGGAGGAGCAGCAGCCGGGUGUGGAGGAAGAGCUGCGGAGAUUGCUGGAAAAGCCAGAGCCCUUGAAGACGCCUGCAGAUAAGAGGAGAGAGAAGGAGCUGAUGAACAAGCUGGUGGAGAUUGUCAACGACAGGAAUGCUAUUGUUGAGGGGCUGGAUGAGGACCGGCUGAGGGAAGUGGAAGAAGAUCAACAGAUGGACCAAUUGAUGCAGAACCUGGAUAUAAAGAAAGACAAAAACAAGAAGAAGUCUCCGAUGCAGAAGCUGUUUGGACGGAAGAGUUAAAGGGAGCCGUGGAGGACCGACCCUCGGGGACGCCGGACGUGGCGGGACUGUCCUGCGCUUCGCCGCUUGCUUUCCCUGCCGCUCUGUUUUGCUGCUCCGGCGCGGGUUCGAGUGUGCAUUCGUGUCCGUCCCGGAGCAGGCGCUCUUAAAGCCUGUCCAAACGAAGCUUCGCGGGCCUUCCGGCGGCGGCGGCGGCGGCGGUGGAGGGGGGCCCGCGUCGGCGACACCAUCGACGUGCUCUCUGGAACGGCACACGUCGGGUCCCGCUAGCUCGCGCGGCAGACUCGGUGCCCGGCAACACAGAUAAACGGGUUUCCGGCUAAUUACUCGCGACUGUGAUCUGCUAUUCCAUGUGAUUCGCUCGUCUGUGCUAAUCUCGGCAUUUUAAGAUUAAAAGGGAUUUCAGAAUAUCAAACAGAGGCUGCUUCUAAUUCUGUCGCCUCGCCGAAUCGUCAUGCGCUCCUUCUGCUCACCGUUCCGAUGAUUCAUGCGCCCCUCACUUCUCCAGAUUAACCAUGUUUACAAUCUUUUGCUAAAUGGGAGGCUGGCAGUGGGUCAAGUGACACUUUUUAAUGCACUUAAUCUUGUUUUUGAGUGGUUUUUGUAUCCGUUUUGAAUCCUUUUCCUUAAUUCACAUUUCUUACUGGGGCCUAGUUUUGUGUGGUCUUAGAUGAACUCUGAAAAUCGUUGUUUUGUCAGCAAUAAAGAUUGUUUGUGGGCCUUAUUGACUGAAACCGAAGAGAAUAAUAGUUUUAUAGUAACUUCUUUUUUAUUCUGUAUACUGGGUUCGACAGCAAUGACAUCCAAAUCCAAAAUGACAAAGCACACAGUGAACGAUGCCUUAAUGUUUUUUUUUAAAGGGCUAAUGAUAUCAAAAAUGUUUGGUUUUUUUAAGGUAGUCCAGGUUUGCCAAAACAAGUGGGAAAACAAGGGAAAUUGUGUUUUGUCUUGAUUCAUAUUGGAUCUGAAAGAAAUACCCAAUUGAAUUGUAUGGGCCCUCAGACUAAUAUGUAAUUUAAUGUUUGGUAUGAAUGGCUGUGUUUUAAUGAGUUGUUAUAUAGAACACUAGGAAGAAUUGAAUAACUUUACAGAGCAGAGUUUCUUCUGUGGAGCUGCAUCAAGAAAUGAUACAAAUUGCUUUCACGAUGAGGCGGUUUGACGAGGAAAUGGUUGGAGGAUUACUAGCGCUUUUUAAUCAGAAGGUGGCAGUGUGGGGUUAAUUGUAGUGGAGCCUGGCAGCCCAGACUAAAUUGGCCACAGUUCUGUUGUUUAAUUGUUUCGCUAGUUUUGUGUGUGAUGUAGAUCCCAGCUCUGUAGAUGCAAGACCAUUAAUCAGUUUGGAAAGUGCGUAUUAAAUCUAGACUGUAAUGAUCCAUUUCUAUUGCCAAUUUUCAUUAGAUUGCGUUCCGCUGCUGUAUUCUGAGUGAGGCUAUCGGUUGUGACAUUGCGUGGACUAAUUCUGUAAUACAGGCAUUAUCAUUGUGAUGCAUUGCUUUCAGGCUUGAGGAAGGAGGAUUUAGGAUCUGAAAGGUGUGGGUGAUGCCAACAAAAUAACAUUCUCCUGUGGUGAAUGAUCGUGCCGUUUCUGGGUCCUUUCGUGUAUAAGGAUUUUACAGGCCUUUGCCACUUUUAAAACUUUUUUAGACUCGUCAUUGGAAAGGAAAAGGAAUAUACAUGUUUAUAUGUGUACUUUAUUGUGUUUUAAUUGUUUCCUAUCAAAUAAAGUCUUUAAAGCUAUGCUGUGGUUGCCAUGUAGUGUAAAUAUGCAGUCAUUUCUAAAAGUGGUACUGAGGUGUUUGUCUUAAACCAGAAGGGUUUUUGAAGUAUUCAUUGGUUUUAAUCUCUAAACCCAUGGUUUCAUGGUCUGUUUGCACAUUAAAAUGUAAUAAAAUUUAAUAAUGUACGCUGGCACAAUGA